AUGCUGCCAGCCAGCCCGAUCAGCCUCAGCAGCCUCACAGCGUCACAGAUCACAACUCACAGGCCUCACGAGCCUCACAGCUCAACAGCCUCACAGCCUCACAGACACUCACAGCUCACAGCCUCACAGCCGUCACAGCCGUCACAGCCUUCAGCAGCCUCACAGCCCUCACAGCCUCACAGCCUCAUCAGUCCUUCACAGCCUCCACAGCAUCAACAACCAUCACAGCAUAUCAACAGCCUCACAGGCAUCAACAGGCCUCACAGCCUCACACUCCACAGGCUAAACAGCGUCACCAGAAAUCACAAGGCCUCAGCAGCCUCACAGCCUCACAGCAUCAACAGCCCUACACAGCCUCACCAGCCGCACAGCAUCACAGCACUCAUCAGCAUCAUCAGGCCUGAAACAGCAUUCACAGCCUCCACAGCCUCACACGCCUCACAGGCCUAA